UGCUUCACUUGACAACAUUUUGCAUCCACUGCCAUGGCUUAAGCUGACACUUCUUUCCAUUCAGGCAGCCUCCAGAACCUAGCUGAGGAUGGAUGCCCUGUCGCUGCUCAUCUGUUUCUCGGCCACUGCGCUGAUGGCUUGCCAUGGAUUCAGCGUAGAUACAGAACGACCGAUUAUAUUCCAGGAAGCAGCAGAAGGUUUUGGGCAAACUAUAGUGCAGUUUGGAAGAGGAGCUGAUGGAGGGGUGCUUGUUGGUGCCCCACUCCAGAGGGGGAAUGUGAAUGAAACGGGUAAAAUCUAUAAGUGUGAGCAGAUGCCAGGCAAAUCGGGCAGAUGCCAGGAAGUCCCUGUACAACAUCCCAGUGAUGCUGUGAAUAUGUCACUUGGUUUGUCCCUGUCUGCCUGGGAAUCCAGGUUUUUGGCCUGUGGUCCCAGAGUGCAUCAGACCUGUGGGCAAAACACGUAUCUCAAAAGCUAUUGCUUUCUCCUGGACCAGAACCUGAGGGAGAUACAGCACUUCCCCGACGUUCUGCCAGAAUGUGCAAAACGAGCCAACGACAUCGUUCUUCUGAUAGACGGCUCAGGAAGCAUUGACGGUCAGGACUUCAGACAGAUGAAGACGUUCAUUUCUGAAAUCAUGAAACGCUUACUCAGAGUCAGCUCCAACACACAGUUUGCCUUGGCCCAGUAUUCAAACAAGUAUAAAGAGCACUUCACCUUCAGCCAAUUCCAGAACAACCCGAAUCCUGAUGCUCUCGUUAGAGGUGUUGCACAGCUGAGAGGGGGAACUUACACAGCUACCUUUAUCCAGAAGGUGGUGCGUGAGGUCUUUCAGCCACACAAAGGAUCCCACCCAGGAGCUACGAAGAUUCUGAUUGUGAUAACAGAUGGACAGAAAGAAGGGGAUCUCCUCGAGUACAGUGAUGUGAUACCAGAGGCGGAGACAGCUGGCAUAAUCCGCUAUGCCAUUGGGGUUGGAAGGGCUUUCAGUUUGGGUGCCGCCCGGCAAGAGCUCAACGAUAUUGCCUCCAGGCCCAGCUCAGAGCACGUUUUCCCCGUCAGCAACUUUAACGCCCUGAAGGACAUAGAGAACAAACUUCAGGAUAAAAUUUUCGCCAUCGAAGGUACAGAGUCCCAAAGCAGCAGUUCCUUCCAGCUGGAGAUGUCCCAGGAAGGACUCAGCGCCUUGGUGACCCCCGACGGCUUUGUGCUGGGGGCCGUGGGAGCCUACGACUGGUCUGGAGGGCUUUUCCUAUACGGCAGUGGUGGUGAUCCGAACUUUAUCAAUGUGACCAGCUCCACUAAGGACAUGAAUGAUGCUUAUCUUGGUUAUUCAGUGCAGAUGGUUCAGCUGGGAGGAAGGCGCAGCUACGUGGUGGGGGCCCCUCGCUAUAAGCACAUCGGCCGGGUCGUCCUCUUCAGCCAAGAAAACGGGCAGUGGCAGCGGAAGUCAGACCUGUCUUUGAAACAGACCCCUCAGAUUGGUUCUUAUUUUGGGGCUUCCCUGUGCUCCGUGGACCUGGACCGCAACUCCGACACAGACCUGGUUCUCAUCGGUGCGCCCAUGCACUAUGACGGUAUGGCAGGAGGGAAGGUCUACGUUUUCCAGAGGCAGAUUGGUUCUUAUUUUGGGGCUUCCCUGUGCUCCGUGGACCUGGACCGCAACUCCGACACAGACCUGGUUCUCAUCGGUGCGCCCAUGCACUAUGACGGUAUGGCAGGAGGGAAGGUCUACGUUUUCCAGAGGCAGGGGGAGACGUUUGUCAGCACCCAGGAGUUGCAAGGGGAGCGCAAAUACCCUUUAGGCCGCUUCGGAGCCUGCAUCGCAGAAAUAGGUGACAUAACGGGAGACGGAUGGAUGGAUGUGGCGAUUGGAGCUCCAAUGGAGGAUGCAAAUCGAGGGGCCCUGUACAUCUUCCAGGGACGCUACGGCUCCAUCAACCCGCAGUAUAGUCAGCACAUCCGAGGAUCUCGGUUCCCCAACCAGCUUCACUACUUUGGCCAGGCUGUUGCCGCUGGGACGGAUCUCACAGAAGACGGACUCCCAGACAUCGCGACGGGGGCUCGUGGGCAAGUGCUGCUGCUGAGCAUCACCUUCUCCCCGUCUGUGAUCCCCCUCUCCGCCUUUGAGUGCCAAGGCCAGGAUCAGCUGGAUAAGGAGGUCAGCACGGCAACGGUCUGCCUCACCGUCCGGUUGAACUCUCCGUUUACACCAGCCAAUAGGAUUUCAAGCACCGUUUGGUACUCCUUGGUUUUGGAUCCCGGUCGGAUGAAAGUCCGGGCUGCUUUCGAUAGCGGCUCCUCCACCCUCACCAAUGAGAUGCAGAUGGGCUUGGCUGAGAAGUGCAUGACCUACCGCAUAAAGCUGCCGGUCUGUAUAGAAGACAGCCUCACGCCCAUAAAGCUGCAGCUGAAUUACAACCUAACAGGAGACCCCAUUCCUUCGGCAGACAACCUGAGAGCCAUCCUGAAGGAAGAUUCUCCCCGUCUGUUUGCAGGAUCGCUGCCCUUUGAGAAGAAUUGUGGCCACGAUGGAGUCUGUAAAGAUAUCUUAAAAACCGCCUUUAAUUUCUCAGGCCUAGACAUGCUCGUGGUGGGUCAGGACCUGGAGCUCAAUGUGACUGUCUUCUUCCGGAAUGACGGAGAGGAUUCUUACGGUUCCAACGUGACUUUUGUCUAUCCUUCGGCACUCUCCUACCGGAGGUUCAAAAUACUGCAGUCUAACAGGAAGAACAUGGGUAUUAAGUGCUCCUCUGCCCCUGCCUCAAGGGAGGACUCUUUGAGGAACACCACCUGCAACAUCAACCACCCCAUCUUCCGAAGUGGGGCUGAGGUCAUCUUCACUGUAGCUUUUUCCAUUGACCCUGAAGGAGUUCUGGGGAGCGAGGUGCAGAUCAACGCCACGGCUGGCAGUGAAAACAACAGCCCUGUCACCCGGGACAUGUUUCACCAAGCAGCGCUGCCUGUUAAAUACGCCAUAUAUGUCUCUGUCAAGAAUAUUGAUGACUCAACCAAGUAUGUCAACUUUUCCAUGGGGCACGAAAAUGGAAACCAGACAGUUGAACAUCAUUAUGAGGUGAGGAAUUCAAUUCGGCGACAAGUUCCUGUCUCAGUGACGUUUGAGUUCCCCGUGCAGCUGAACGGGAUGUGGGUUUGGAAUGCAUCUGUGGACAUGUCUACCGAGCAAUUCCACCAGGCUCACUGUGCCCUUGAAAAAAAGACUCCUGGGUCCAAGGAUUUUGUGAAUCAACUCCACAAUCGAGCUGUUCUGGACUGUACUGUGGCCGCCUGCGAAACAAUCCGCUGCAACAUCCUGUCCCUGGAGCAGGGGCGGCCGCUGGAGUUCAGGAUCAGGGGGGCUCUUGGCUUCGGGUGGCUGUCCCAGACCCAGCAGAAGAAAGUGGCCGUGCAGAGCACGGCACAAAUUUUCUACGAUGACACAAAGUACAGCCAGAAGGAGGGCUUUAUAAAGAGCCAGUUGAACACGGUGGUGGAAUACCUGGAGGUCUACAACUACCUGCCUGUCAUUAUCGGCAGCAGUGUGGGGGGGUUCGUCCUCCUGGCUUUGAUCAUCGCUGCCCUGUACAAGUUCGGGUUCUUCAACAGACAGUACAAGCAGAUGCUGGAUGAGGCAGGAGAGGGCGAUGCAGGGGCCGGGCCUCCCCCAGGCAGCGACAGUGGCCCUGGCCCUCAAGCUGCCAAGGCGUAAGGGAUGCCACAACCCCCCUCUUCGCUGGGCUCUCUUCUGGCAUGCUCCGAACACCCGUCAGCCCUAUGGGACCUUGCGCUGAGCAAGUAGGAACAGGCGUCAAGCCGAGGGUGCAUUUUCCCUAUGCGGAAAGCGGUUUGAUACAGGGAAUGAUCACCUACUUGUGUGAGAUUGACAAAUUGCAUCAGAUUGCAACUUCACCUUUAGAUUAGGGUAUGUAUGUUUAUUCUGCACCCAUCUUUGUUUUGGAACUAAUGAGGAACUUGGUGCAGUUUUAAUAAAGAA